AUGCCUCACAAACACAAGAGAAAGAGAGGCGACGAUGAGUCUGAAUUCAACCUCCCUCCCUCUCAGAAAGCACGACCCCUGCAAGUUGGCAAAAAGAAUGCGGCACCCAAGCCCGGCGCACCAAAGAAUACAAAAGCAGCAAAGGACGCUCCCACAGAAACAAAAGCCAAGAAGAGCAAGAAGGCACGCAAAGAAAACGAUGCUCCACGAGCCUUUAGGCGAAUUAUGGCUGUCGCACAGGGCAAAAAGUUCAGAUCUGGCCUCGAUGACGGCGAUGACGGAAAAACCGCGAAACAAAAAGCAGAAGAGCUCAAGAUCCGCCCUGGAGAAGAUCUUAGAGCAUUUGCCCAGCGAGUAGAUGCUUCCCUUCCGGUCGCAGGUCUUACCAAAAAGACGGUUAUCAAGGACGGAAAAGACGAGCAGGGAUUCAAGGUUUACCGCACACGAAAGGAGAGAAAUAUGCACAAGCUUUACGCCCAAUGGCGAGAAGAAGAGCGAAAGAUUCAAGAGCAAAAGGAGGAAGCGGCAGACGAAGCUAUCGGUGAAGAACUCGACGAGGACCCUACCGGUGCUGCAGCGAUUGCCCGAUCAACACUCAACGAAGCGACAGGCAAGAGAGCACGAAGAAAGGGUGGCAAGGUGGACGACCCUUGGGAAGAGUUGAAGAAGAAGCGAGCGGAAGCCAAGAUCGCCGUACACGACCAGGCGCAAGCACCACCAGAGUUGAACAAGAACAUGUCGAAACAGAUUAAGAUCAAAGACGCUUCCGCCAACGUCGCUGACAUUCCCAAGGCUGCGGGCAGUCUGAAGCGAAGGGAGGAGCUGCAGCAGACUCGAGCGGAUGUUCUGGAGGCGUAUAGGAAGAUUCGAGAGCACGAACAGGCCAAGCUGUUGCGGGCAGGGUGCCUUGUGGAAGAUGUUUUGAAAGCAAUCCAUCAUCCCUCAACUCAUACUGAAACACACUCCGAAGGCAACUCUUCUGUGAAAGACCGUACUGCUGCUACCAUUUGGAGCUGGCUUGCUGCAAGACGAGAUAUUUCUGUUGGUGUUAAUCGUGAAUACAAUCAUCUUUCUUUAGAAGAAGUCUUAGCGCUUUCAGCUUCUGGCAGUGCCCCUGGACAAGAUGCAGAGACUUCAGAAUCACACCCAAACAACUCGACAGCAAUUCGCAAUGUUCGCGUUUACGCCUCUGAGGACACUAUGUGGGAAUCUCUCACUGGCCAUGCCGUCGACUACAAGCGGGUUCCCAAGUCCGAGUGGAUGUUGCUUUUGGGUAUAGCCUCGACUACCACCCAAGGAAUCCUCCAAGGAGAUCUUGGUCGUCUGACGGAUCAAGACAAACGAUCCGUACCAAAGAGGACCGAUUCACUUCUUAAAAAAGGGUAUAUUGUCAAGAGAACAACCCUUGUUCGCGGAACCAAAACGAGCAAGAUGUGGCUGAAACUUUUCGCUCCUCCUUUGCCCAAGGAUGGCGAAGGCGCGGAUGAAGCUCGACCAGACAUGACCCUGACCCGACAAGUACUCGUGGAGGAUCUCGAGCCCGUUCCUUGGCGUAUCAGAUGGACUGGCGAGUCCAUUGACUACAUCGCGUUGGCCACAACCAUCAUGGCUAUCGUCAAAGAGUGGGGAGUUCUUCAGAUGAAAGACAUGAAAUCUAAGCUUGGCGUGUUAGGGAUGCGCUGGCAAAUGAAGGUGUUGGCCAAAGUAUGCCGUUUUCUCAAUCAGCGUGGUGUUAUCCAGUAUGUGGCAGCAAAGCUAGGAGACAAGGUGUUCAAGGAUUGUGUGAAAUAUGUCAGGGAUCUCAGUUCUGAAGAUUGGUCGCUGUAUCUCUCGACAGGCAAGAGGAAGAGCAAAACCCCUCGGAACCCUGACCUCGAUGGCCUUGACGGAAACAAGCAGCUUAUAGGACAGGCCUCCAACGUUUCUGAGAUAUCGAAAGCACCACCGUGGUCUCUAGACAAGCCUGUCCCUGUCAUAAUUGCAGAAAUGGCAAAGCGGUUAGGAGAUACUGGACUAACUAACCCUGAUGUCUAUGCCCUGACGCUGGGCCCUUCUUACAGUCGACACCUUUCUUCCAUGACUACUGCACUAUCCGUACCAGAUCUGCAACCACCUCACUUAGCUCACUUUCAGAUUUAUAGCGAGCACACAAGAUCCGGAAAGGUAGCGUCUUACAGAUAUUUCGCACCAAAUGCCUAUCCUAGCCCUCCUGCAUCAUCCAUGGACACCACAGACCAGUCAACAUCUAUCGCCGAUAGCUAUGGCUUCUCACAGAUUCAAUCUACGGCGACAUCAUCGGAAGGCUCACCGACGCUGGCCGAACUCUGCAACAUGGGUUUGGCAAACCGCACAGUAAAAGGUCGCCCCAAGAAGCCCAAGGCCAAGAAAGAAAAGCCUACGCCCACCCCAAAGAAGAAGCCAGGACGAAAACGUCAAGUUGAAGCGUCAGAAGACUUGACACAAAUUGAGGCUACUGUAGAGGUUGGUGAACCUCAGGAAGUCGCUGUUUCUCAAGAAGUCGUUGUCUCCGAAGAACCUACCGCAUCACACACACAGGAAGGGACUGCCAAAGAAGUAGAAAGACCCUCUCAAGAAAUCCAAGAACAGGUUGAAGCUAUACAACCAGAAAAAGAAGGCACAGAGCAGACAGAUGUAGCCCCUGAGCCACAGAAGGCUGAUCAGCUUGUGGUGACUCUCAAAUUAUCUCCAGAUGCUCUCAAAGAACUCUUAACAACACCGGAGGCAGCUUUGAUAACCCCUGGACGACCAACACGAACUAGGCCUACGAGGUCGUCCGCUAAGAAAACCGAAACGAGGGUCGUGGAUAAUGCUGCUGAAGACGAGGAGUCUCAGCAGCAGGAGGAUAUCAACGAUGAGGCUGCAGAGAACAGCUCCAACACGGCGCUAUUGAAUGGGAGGAAACGCGGCCGUCCAAAGAAAGGCGAGAUAAGAAGGAAGAGAAACUCAGAACAGCCCGAUAGCAACGCGACUCCCUCAAAAUCCUGGGUGUGCGAAAAGUGUGGCAAAGCAUGGAAGAAUGACAAUGGCUUACUGUAUCAUCUCACCAAAGCUAGGACACCAUGUAAUCCAUCUUUCGAUACAUCUACUGCAACACCAGUUCGACGUGGAAGAAAGAGAGCUGCUUCCGAAGUUGAAGAAGGACAGGCUGGCGCAACCCCCACUGUUGACGAAGCUCAGGACGAAGCUCAAGAUGUUACGAUGGAGGACACCUCAGAAAUGCCGAAUGAGGAGGGACACGAUCAGUCAAAUGGUCUGGAUAAGGACUCAGACAAGAAACAAGACACAGAGCCCAGCACUGUACAUGAAGAGAUGCCGACUCCGAAACGUGUAUCGACGUUGCGUGGUCCUGUCGCUGCUCGCCCAACUUGGUCCUCACGGCCAACCGUCAGUUUCAAGGUACACGCGAAUCCAGAACUUCAUCGACCCCCAGUUGCCAUGUUCGACUCGCCGAAACAGCCUUCGCUCUUGAACGGAACUAAUAGCGCCCUUGUUCAAGGCGAAAAUAGCCAACUAAGACCAAUCCUGGGGUCUUUGAAUCGGUCUAAUCUGCCCGGAGGUUCUCCAAAGACACCUUGCCCUAAAUCCGAAAGAAAUGGGUCACAGCCAGCCAGAACUCUUGUUCCAGAGCAUUCCACGUCCUUGCAGUCUUUGACUAAUGGAACACCCAGCAGGUCUGGCCCUGUGACCAAGUCAAAGACACCAACGACCGUUGGCACUCCGUUGUCGAAAGCCGCCAUGAACAGCCGCAUCUCCCAAAUCAUCCAGGGUAUUCUGGAAGACCAACAAGGCGUCUUUCCUGGCGGCAAGUCUUUGUGGACAGCCAUCACUCUGCGAUGGGCAGAAUCUUACUCGGAAGUAGCGCCUCAAAUUCGCACUUACCAGGCUGCGUUCCGAGAAUUAUUGAAGAACAAGGGCGUGGCUGAGCAUUGGCUCACGUUUCGCAGUAAAAAGGGUGUCACCGAGAAAUGUCACAUCGUCGUCCGACCUGGAAUCGACCCCUUUUCUCCAGAAGCUGCCAGUGUAAUUCAAAAGAUCCAAGAUGCUCAUCCGGAUCCGUAUCUACCUCCUCCAUUCGAUGCUCAAGUUGAUAGCGAUCUCCUUAAGCGUGGGCGCCGGGAUCUUCCAGAAGAAGUUGAGAUGCUCGAUGCCCCUGUAUACGUGGCACGAGCUGCUCAAAAACGGGCACAGGAGGAGUAUGAUAUGUAUGGUGACGAUUUUCCACCGCCUCCAAAGCGAGGCCGCAAACGCAAGAGCACAUUUGGAGAAGGGCGUCCUCCAAGAUCGAGCAUGGGGGUAUCAAUGCGUUAUGAACACUUUGAGCCCUCCAAUGGUGCCCCUGAAGCCCUUCAGUUCUUGGAUCCCAACACCUUUCUGGAUGAACAUGAUGUCGAGGGACCGGAGCAUUACUUCAACCAUGGUCUUGGUACUGCCUUGCAACAAGACCUUUCGACUCAUUUCUCAGGUGAAAUCACUUUCGAUAAGCCUAUUAUAGUGUCUGGUUACGACGGCAUUUGGCCGUAUAUUAGCCCUCAAGACUUUGAGAUGCAAGAUGGUAGCUACACGUUGAAGGGAUGGAUGCCUGACGGGAACUGGUUCGCUUGGUCGUCAAUGAUCGAAAUGAUCGACCGCAAAGCUCAUUCCCUCAAACGUCAGAAGCUCCAGCACGAUGGUGGGCUUGAUCCGUAUCAGUCCUUUAUUGCGCGAACAUAUAUCUGCACCGAUCUUGAGCGUGCAUGGUCAGACUCCUUCAUUCAUGCACCACCGGCAGCUGCAGGCCCUUUCAAUAUUUUUGUUUCGUUCUUCAGUGAGGCUGGCGGCGAAACGAUUGAGACUCCCACUAUCUCCUGGCCUUCAGAAUGUCAGCUCACACCGAAGUCGUUUUCAACAAACGUUACGGACCCUGCUUUGCUUUUGGAUUCGCCCUCUGAAGAGGAGGACGAAGAAGAUGAAGAUAGCCUCGAAUGGCCGAGUUUCCCUGUGUCUUUAUCCAGAUCAGGAUACAGACUCUCUAGGGGCAACCGCCGAGGUCGUGGUGGUCGGCCCAGAGGUUCUGGUGGCCGUCCACGAGCAUCUAUGCGACAAACAGCACAACAGCCGAGAAUUAAACGCGUGCGCCUUGUCACACGAGCUCUGAUGCCCCUUCCCGAGGAUAUGGAGCAAUCACAAGGCCAGGUCGAUCCCACACCCUUAGCCCAUGGUGAGGAAGCAGAGCGCCUUCUCGCUGCGUUGGUCGCUGUGCGUGUAUUGCUGGGUGGAGCCGACAAGUCGAUCGAUUGGGGACUCUUGCUCAAACUAUUCCCUGAUCUUGCUCUCAAGGAUAUGCGCCGAUUUUGGAUCGAUGCUCGCCGAGAUCAAGCUGCUUACAUCAGAAAGCUUACCAAAGAUUUUCAGGAUCGGUUCAUAGUCGCCUACUCUAAGAAUGAGCUUCCGGAAUUCGAUUUUGAGGACCCCAUGGACUAUGAUUGGUAUGGCUUGAUUGAUUGGACGUUGGAACUCCCUCGACGAAGAGGCAUCGAUCUUGCAUCAACACGAGAUGCUCUGGAUAACGACUAUACCUUCCAGGAGGCCACUCCCCAUGAUGAGGAAGACCCCCGGGAGAAAUUCUACAACCCCCAAACAUCUGUCUUCGCCCGUUUUGAAGCUAUCGCUACGCCAGCAUUUGUUACUGUCGACGAGAUGCUCAGUCGACCUACUGAUGAGCAUGUUAGUGUCACUGAUAGUGUCAUUGCUCGGUCCUGGGUGCGAUCCUUGUGUUGCACAGAUGAAAGUCGCUACACAGUCGAUCAGAUCAAACAAAAGUUCUCCACACUGGCUGGCGGAGAUCAGGACAAGAUCAACCUAUUAUUGAAGGAGGCUAUCGAUACUUUGACACAGCAGCGUAUCAUUUGCAAAAGCAAACGACCGCCUCUUUCUGGAAGACCAUUCAGGCUCAAUGAAGCCUUUGGCCAUGCACUGGGGAAGCUUGCGCAGAGGACCAAGUACAAAGACGCAGCCGAUUUCAAGACAGAGCUGGAUGCUGUUUUCCGCCGAGGCGAGGCCUACCGAAUCCCUUUCACACUCAAUGAUGGGUCGGUGAUGGCGCUGACAAACCUCAACGCAAGCGAAAGGAUCAGAUUGGUACCAGUAAACGUGCCUCAUAUCCCCUUGGGCUUCAAGCCGGGCCAGUAUGAGAUGCGUAAGCUGAAGAAAUCACUCUUCUCCCAUGAUCUUGAAGCAGUUCCCACGAGCUCUUACAAAUACGACGAGGAUAUUGACGUCCUCCGCAAGAGCAUUUACGAAGGACCCCCAACUGCAGGCAAGAGCAAGAUUAGUGUGCUCCCGCAAUGGGUCGACUUUUUUGGACGUCGGGAGGCGGAACGCUGGAUGGAUGUUUUGGGUGCUUUCUGCUUCGUGUAUGCGACCAGAGGCCUUCUGACAAUCGAGGGCGUGUGCACCGCUCUCAAACCAGUACUGGAGGAGUUUGAAGCCAAGCUCAUUGUGGAUUGGGGUGUGAAAACAGGUGUUCUCAAGUAUUCGGAAGAAGGCCUGGGACUCAUGGUAGGAGAGUGGUGGUGGUUGGCUGUCCCAUGGCAAUGGGGACGACAGUUCAAGCCUAGGAAUUACGAUCAGAGCAUGGAUUAG